CCGCACCCUCCCUCUGCUGCAUGCACUCUGCAAAGCCAAGUCGGCCACAUAAACAGCUUUUUCAUAAAUCGGGAAAAAUCGCCUAAAUUUCAUCAUUUCGCGUGCUCGAAGCAGAGCAUUUCCGGGUGCAGCAGAUUGGGCGCCCGCAAGCGAUGCCCAUUUGGAACCGAGGUCAAAGUCUCACGUUAAAAAGUGCGUAGUUGGAAACUAGUUUGGAUCGCGUGGAACCCAGGUCGGAGUAUUUUUUUUUAGGAAGAAGGAAUUUUAUUAAGGCAGCAAGAUGGUUUUGGCGGAUCUCGGCCGGAAGAUUACGAAUGCGUUGCAUUCGCUCAGCAAAGCGACCAUCAUCAAUGCCGAGGUGUUGGACGCGAUGCUGAAGGAGAUUUGCACGGCCCUGCUGGAGGCCGAUGUGAACAUCCGGUUGGUGAAGAAGCUGCGGGAGAACGUCAAGUCGGUGAUUGACUUUGACGAGAUGGCUGGGGGGUUGAACAAGCGCCGGAUGAUCCAGACGGCGGUGUUUAAGGAGCUGGUCAAGCUGGUCGAUCCGGGCGUGAAGCCGUACCAGCCGGUGAAGGGACGGCCGAAUAUUAUCAUGUUUGUCGGGCUGCAGGGUUCGGGGAAGACGACGACCUGUACGAAGUUGGCGUAUCAUUACCAGAAGAAGAACUGGAAGUCGUGCCUGGUGUGCGCGGAUACGUUCCGUGCUGGUGCGUACGAUCAGAUCAAGCAGAACGCCACCAAGGCCAGGAUUCCGUUCUACGGAAGCUACACCGAGGUGGAUCCGGUCGUGAUCGCCCAGGACGGCGUGGAGAUGUUCAAGAAGGAGGGCUUUGAGUUUAUCAUCGUGGACACGAGCGGUCGUCACAAGCAGGAGGAAUCGCUGUUCGAGGAGAUGUUGGCGGUCGCGACGGCCAUCAAGCCGGACAACAUUAUCUUCGUGAUGGACGCCACGAUCGGACAGGCUUGCGAGGCGCAGGCGAAGGCGUUCAAGGAAAAGGUCGACAUCGGAUCCGUUAUCAUCACCAAGCUGGACGGACACGCCAAGGGAGGAGGUGCGCUGUCGGCGGUGGCCGCGACCAGCUCGCCGAUCAUCUUCAUCGGAACCGGCGAGCACAUUGACGAUUUGGAACCGUUCAAGACGAAGCCCUUUAUUAGCAAACUGCUCGGCAUGGGAGACAUCGAGGGGUUGAUUGAGAAGGUGAACGAUUUGAACCUGGACGACAACGAGGAACUCAUUGACAAGAUUAAGCACGGACAGUUUACGAUUCGGGACAUGUACGAGCAGUUCCAGAACAUUAUGAAGAUGGGACCGUUUUCGCAGAUUAUGGGCAUGAUCCCCGGCUUCUCGCAGGACUUUAUGACCAAGGGCGGCGAGCAGGAGUCGAUGGCCCGCAUCAAGCGCCUCAUGACCAUGAUGGACUCGAUGUCGGACGGCGAGCUGGACAACAAGGACGGGGCGAAGCUGUUCAGCAAGCAGCCGACGCGCGUCGUCCGCGUGGCCCAGGGUUCGGGCGUUACGGAUCGUGAGGUGCGCGACCUGAUCACGCAGUACACCAAGUUCGCGGCGGUCAUCAAGAAGAUGGGCGGCAUCAAGGGCCUGUUCAAGAGCGGCGAUAUGACCAAGAACGUCAACCCCACCCAGAUGGCCAAGCUGAACCAGCAGAUGGCGAAGAUGAUCGACCCGCGGAUGUUCCAGCAGAUGGGCGGCAUGAGCGGACUGCAGAACAUGAUGCGGCAGCUGCAGCAGGGCGCCGGCGGGCUCGGGAACCUGAUGGGAGGGUUCGGCAAACCUUAAGUCGUUACUUUUAUAAUUUUUCAGAGAGGAAUUAUUUUUUUUUUGUUUUUAAUUGAACCGAUGUAGAGAGCAUUUUGUUUUUUUUUUUGGUUUCGUUAGUGAAAAUAAAAAUCCACUUCUAUCCGUAUUACGAAUAAACCU